AGUCUUGCAAAAUAUGUGCAACAAACGAACCCCCUCCUCCUAAACUCGUAUAUCGGAUUCGCGAUUUGAACUUCUUUUGCCGCAGUUUAAUGGCCUCCAUCAGGGCAAUUGCUUUUGUUUGUUUCGUAGUCUGUUUCUGUGCGAUUGAAUCACAAGCACGAGUGGCGAGGAAGGACCUGGGCCUUGACCUUGGAGGCUUGGGAAUUGGGCUCGGGGCAGGAAUCGGGUUGGGGAUAGGCGGAGGCAGUGGCUCGGGUGCUGGAGCCGGGUCUGGAUCCGGGUCCGGGUCGGGUUCGUAUUCAUCCUCGUCAUCACACUCGUCAAGCUCUAGCUACGGUGGCUCGGGUGCAGGCUCGGAAGCUGGUUCCUACGCAGGGUCACGUGCAGGGUCGGGUUCGGGUUCGGGAAGAAAUUACAGGAACGGUGGAUCGGGAUCUGGGUCGGGCUAUGGCGAGGGUUCCGGUAGAGGAAACGGUGAAGGUUAUGGUGAGGGUCAUGGCUAUGGCGAGGGACGUGGUUACGGCGGUGAAGGCGGUAACAAUUAAAAGUAAAACAAAAGAAUUAUGCAAUAUUGAAUAAAAACCAUAGAUGGGUGGUGACUACAAUUAAAGYUAGAUUAUUAUGAUUUUAGAGUACGUCGUGCUUAUGAUUGUCUCUAGUUUAAGUUUAAGUUUAAAGCAGCUUCAAAUAAGUGUAAAACAAACAAGCGUGUGUAUUUUCACUACCUAAUAUUGCAUUGGCCUUCAUGAUAUCUUCCAUCGUAUUUGGAUUAAA